AUGAUAUUUCCAUUUUUCUCUCUAGCGUUAAGCCCUAUAAGGUCCGACAAGGUCCGUGCUCAGCUGAAGAUUGACCAGAUUCCAGUGGGUUCCACCAGUUGGAAAACUGUGUCUAAUCCAUCCUGGAAUGAGACGUUUAAACUGGAGUUAAAUAAGUCUUGGGAGCUGGAACUAUCUCUAUAUUGGCACGAUCGGAGAUCACUGUGUGCCACACAGACUCUGAAGUUGGAAAAAUUCCUGGUGAACCGAAAACAGGAACUGUGCCUACAGCUGGAGCCACAGGGCACCCUUUUCAUCGAGGUGACAUAUUCCAGUCCUUUUAUCCAGAAAAGGCCACAACUUCAGACAAUUAGAAAAUUCUUCUCGAAAAAACAAAAGUUUUCAGAUUACGAUGAAGUAGAAGUGACCAUCCAACCAGCUCCAGAAGAGGAAGCAGCUAAUGACAUUUUUCCAUUGUCAGAAUUGCACAUUGAGUGCUUGGAUACAUCGCUGCCGGCUGUCGAUAAUGAUACGGAAGAGACCAUCCAAUCCGCGUUAGAGGAGGAUAAAAUAUCUGAGAAUCUUUCAUUGCUAGUAGCGGACAUUGAAAGUGUGGAGCCAACGCCACUAGCUGUCCAUAUUGAUACGGAAGAGACCAUCCAAUCCGCGUUAGAGGAGGAUAUAAUAUCUGACAGUCUCUCAUUGUUAGUAGCAGAUAAUGAGAGCGUGGAGCCAACGCCACUAGCUGUCCAUAUUGAUACGGAAGAGACCAUCCAAUCCGCGUUAGAGGAGGAUAUAAUAUCUGCCACUCUUUCAUUGCUAGUAGCAGAUAAUGAGAGCGUGGAGCCAUCACCACCAACUGUCGUUACCGACACAGAGGAAACCACCCAACCAUCGCCAGCAGAGGAUGCACAAAUUGAGAUCACUACUGUCACAGAAGAGACCAUUGAACCAGCUCCAGAGGAUUUAGCUAUUGACCCUGUUCCUUUGCCAGAAGCGGAUGUCAAAAACCUAGAGCGAACAUCAUCAGCUGGAAUUCAUCAAGGAGCUUGGCUGAGCCUUCAGGAUUUUGAUUGUCUCUCUGUGUUGGGCAGAGGAAAAUAUGGAAAGGUUCUGCUUGCAGAGUACAAGCCUACAAAGACCACAGUCGCCCUAAAAGCCCUGAAGAAAAAACGCUUAGUUGCUCAUGACCAGAUUCAUAGGCUUAUAUAUGAGAAGAACACCUUUCAGACCAUAAGCAGCACACAACACCCUUUCCUGGUUAAUCUGCUCGCAAGUUUCCAGACUGAAGACCAUGUCUGCUUUGUGAUGGAGUAUGCCGCUGGUGGUGACCUACUGAACAAUAUUAACAACAACAUAGAGUUAUUUGACGAACGAACAGCUGUGUUUUAUGCGGCAUGUUGUGUGCUCGGCUUGGAAUUUUUACAUAAAAAUAAUAUUGCUCACAGAGAUCUGAAAAUGGGUAACAUCGUGAUAGACAAGGACGGAUACGCCAAAAUUGCAGACUUCGGUCUUAGCAAGCACGGGAUGGGAUACAAAGAUCGAACCAACACGUGUUGUGGGACAGUGGAAUGCUUGGCACCGGAAGUGCUUCUGGGAGAGCAAUACACAAGAUCUAUUGAUUGGUGGAGUCUCGGCGUAAUUAUUUAUAUAAUGCUGGUUCUUCAGAAUCCCUUCUCUGGUGAUGAUCAUCGACAGAUAUUGUAUAAUAUAGUCUAUUCUGAGCCCGACUAUCCGGAGUACUUGUCCGAUGAAGCGCUAUCAAUAUUAACAAGUUUUUUGAAUAAAAAUCCCAAAGCCCGUCUUGGAGCCAGAAGGAAUGGAGCCCGUGAUGUGAAGAAACAUCCUUUCUUUGAAGAAAUCGACUGGAUUGCGUUACUGCACAAGAAUGUAAGACCCCCAAUUGUACCAUGCAUUGCCGGACCGGAGGACGUCAGCAAUUUCGACAUUGAUUUUACAUCACAGGACCCCUGUCUAACGCCACCAGAUGAGUUACUGUCAAAGGAAGAACAAGAUCCAUUCCAAGACUUUGACUGGGUGGCCGAAUGGAUGUGAAUGUAGAGACAGACACCAGUGUGGACAGUGGUGGAUCCAGCCUCUCUACCCUCCU